CCUGCGCAUUGUGAUGAACGACGCUCUUUUUUUAGCUUCCCAACAAAACUCGAAUUCUCAGAGGCAAUUCUGCGUACGAAACGAUUGCGAGGAGAAGAAAAGGGGGGAACGGAAAACCAGACCAAGAAGAAAGAAGAGAGCAAUGGCGAAAGCAGAGCGUGCAACGGUCUGAAGCAAAAGGCAGGAGCGGAGUCGAGCAAUCAUUUUGACUUCUCACUCACGGGAAACGGCCCCCCCCUCUUCUUCUUCUUCUUCUUCUCCAUCGUCUCUGCCUUUAAUUUCUGUUCUCCUUUUUGGGGAAUUUGUUGGGUUUUUUGAAGUUUUAAAUAAUAGAGAGCUACUGCUGCGACGGACCAAAAAGGGGGAAUCUGAGCUGCCGGAUGACUCUAUUUUCCCUUCCCUUUUGAGCUCUUUACCUCCUUUUCAAAGCCAUGGCUGAUGACGAUCUCUGCUACUGCUUCACCAAGGAUUCUUUCCUUGGUAAAGCACCUAAGAAGUCUCCAUUGCUCUUGAGAAUGGUUGUUGUGGUGCUUCUAAUGGCCUGCAGUCUGUACAUAUCAUCAGUCUGUCUCAAGCAAGUUGGCAUUGUCAGUGUCAACAGCCCGGGGAUCUUCAAGGUUGUCGAAAGGCAGUGCCCAGUGCCUAAUAUUGAGCCGUGGGAGAUACCAUAUGUUCAUUACCCGAAACCCACGAUGUAUAGUAGGGCAGAAUGCGAGUGCAAUCCUGUUCGGUAUUUUGCAAUUUUGUCGAUGCAGAGGUCUGGAAGUGGAUGGUUUGAGACAUUGUUGAACAACCAUACCAAUGUAAGCUCAAAUGGGGAGAUUUUCUCUGUUAAAAUACGGAGGAGAAACGUUUCGACCAUUGUUGAGACUUUGGACAGAGUCUAUAACUUAGACUGGUUGAGUAGUGCCUCCAAGAAUGAGUGCACGGCUGCGGUGGGAUUCAAGUGGAUGCUUAAUCAGGGUGUGAUGCAACAUCCUGAUGAAGUUGUGGAGUACUUCAGAACUCGUGGGGUUUCAGCUAUCUUCCUCUUCCGGAGAAAUCUCUUGCGUCGAAUGAUUUCCGUACUAGCUAAUGAGUAUGAUCGAGGGGCGAAGCUGUUGAAUGGGACCCACAAGUCUCACGUCCAUUCACCUCAUGAGGUACUCCACUCCUGCCUUGCUGACUACCGUCUUCUCCAUUUCCUCCAUACUUGCUUUGACAUUAGCUCUUUUCAGGCAGAGAUACUAGCUAGGUACAAGCCCUUAAUCAACACAACUCUGCUGAUUCACAACCUGAAGCAAGUAGAGAAUACAACUGCACAAGCCUUGGAGUACUUCAAAAGCACCAGACACAUGAUUCUUUACUACGAGGACAUAGCGAAGAAUCGCACUGUAAGCAUCUAAACAUUUCAUCACACGUGACACACCGAAACUGUGCAUGAUUCAGGGUAGAAUGAAAUCACUUCUGUUUAUCCUUUUGUUUUGCAGAAACUGUAUGAAGUCCUAGACUUUCUGAAGGUUCCACAGAGAGAGCUGAAGAGUCGUCAAGUAAAGAUUCAUAAAGGAUCCUUAUCGAAUCAUGUUGAGAACUGGGAAGAAGUCCAAGCGGCACUACAAGGAACACAAUAUAAAGCCUUCCUCGAUAUAGAUUACUGAUACCUGUAUUGUACAUAGGAGAUCUUUCUUUCUUUCGUUUUCCCCCCACUUUUCAAUUUUCCUCACCCUUUUAUUGCAUGCUAGGUGCGGAGGAGGCCUUUACAGGACUAGCCUUUCCUGUUAAGAGAAUUUUUUUGUGGCUUUUCAGUUAUGGCUUUUCGUUGUAUGUUCGGAGUAAGUUAACAUUCGAUUCAUUCUUUACAGAAAAAGCUCAUUGUACCAGAGAUGAUCAAAAGUAAGGAAUACGAGGCACUAGCAGCUUUAAACUAUGCACUGCUCCUCCUUCCUUUGUUUCAUGUCAAUGUUUGAAACAUCUUUCAAUGUUAACAGUUGGCCACUG